GAUGCAAUGCUGAAUACGGUCUAUUCCCUUCGCUGUGGCCACGGCUGAUGACGUGGCUGCUGGAGGUUCGGUGUGAUGGCGGCGGUGGAGACCAAGGGGCCGAUCAACCCGGAGGAUUGUUCGUUCCUGCCGAUCGUUCACGACAUUAUUAAAUGCAUUGACAAAGACAGCCAAGAAGUGCAUCAAGAGCUCAACAAACUCAAGACCAAGCUGCAGGAUACCAGAGAGAUGGUUUCAUCAAUGCCUGGGAUUGAUGUUAGCCCUGAACAACAGCAGCAACAACUUCAAAACUUGCGAGAUCAGGUUCGCACCAAGAAUGAACUUUUACAGAAGUAUAAGAGCCUUUGCAUGUUUGACAUCCCCAAAGCAUAGGAAGUAGAUGUGUUGCAGCAAAAGGGAAAAUACCUAUUCUUGGUGCAUUUUAUUUAACCGCUGAGUUGGUUACUACACACAUCUAGCAAGUUUGCAUGCUUUAUUGAGCACUUUGAGUUGCAAGUGUAAUGCUAAACUUUGCAUCCAGUGAAUUGGUACUUGUAAAAGUAUUAUUUAUUUUAAAUUUAAAACAGCAUCUGUAUAUGUCUACAUUAUUUACUUCCACAUCACACACAAUUACAUUAUGUAACCUUCAUGGAUCAUUUUGUUUGUGAAGGUACAUGGUGUAUUAGUGAACUGCUAUAGUUUGGGUCAGCACAAGAUAUUCAAAUGUUUCAUGUAAAAGCCAAGAAAUAGCAAAAGUCCUUAUUGUAAUAUCAUUGGAAAAUUUAGGUUUGUUGCUUGCAUUUCAAUUCUUACAGAUUUUCCCGUCUGGAAGCAACACACAAAAACUAUCACAGUUUUAAGCUUUGAUUAAGUUUGCAGUUGAUUGUCUUUCAAAACUGAUACAGGCAACCCCCCCGUUGGGUGUGCGGGGUGGUUUUGUGUUCCUAGAAAAUGGUCCAUUUCCUGUAACAAGAAGCCAUGUCAUCUGUGCAUGCAUCAAGAAAUGCGUGUUGAAAAAAUUUAUUUAUUUACUUUUUUCACAUCAGUUCCGUGAGACCAAAGUUUAUUCUAUAUCUCAACUUUUUGGACAAUAAUUUGUGAAUUCUGUAAGGGCAAAUUUCUGUUAUCUGAACAGACAUAACAUGGGUCGCCUGUACAGAACAUUAGGCCUAAAAUGUAACAAAUAUUGAAGAUUAAAUCUGUAAAUAUAUUAACUAAAUGUGUACUAAAUGAUUUGUCAUCUGAUAUCCAACAAAAAGCAACACUGCUGGCAGUUGUAUGGAUGUGAUUUAAUAGUGAUAGUGGAAAAUGCCAUCUCAUAGUUAAGAACUAGUGAAAAUAAAAGGGUAAUACUUGUAAUGAUUCAUUUCAUCAUUUAAACACUUCCAGUCCUGCUCAUCUGAGCUGUGUGUGUGGUUCAACACUUGUUAUAUGUUGAUGGGAUAUUUGUCCUCAUUUCAAGUUAAAGUUAAUGGUACUAUGCUAAACUGUAAGUUGUAUGAAUAAUCUUUUAAAAUUAGUAGGAAACUGUAAAACUUGUUGCAAUUAAUUCUUGAUUGGCAAUUUGGAUAUAGAAAUAGGCCUUGAUUAUUUGCAACUUUUAAAGUUAUUGUCAACAGAUACCUAUGACUAAGUCUAGAUAUUGACUGCAGCUGUUCCAUCAUAGCCACAGACAAUGUUUAAAUUAUUGGAAGUACACAGUUAAUGGUUCUGUGCUGGGUAUAACUUCUGGUUUCACUACCCUGCCAGAGUAACCUGGGUAUUAAUUGUUACAUUUUCCAAAUUGACAUCAACUUCAUCAAAGCUCUGCUAUGUAUUUAAUUUCAAAUGUGCUUUGCUUAUAAAGCUUUAUGACGUGUCAUGAGAAAUACAAGUUUAUUAUUUUCUCAAACAAUAGUUUUAAAGUAAUUGUUAAUGCUUUAACUUCUCAUACAACAUGGGUGGCUUCUCGGAUAGUUGCAACCUUGGUUACAGCAGUGCAAAUACAGGUAAUUCCCAUUCAUUCUUCAUUAAAAUGCCAGCAAAUUCUGUGGACUUCCAGUGUUUUGAUCCUAGCAUGCAUUCACAGCAUCCUGUUUACUGAUCUUCUAUCUUUCACUUGGAAUGUGCUAGACUUCCAUAAUCAUUGAUGUCUUGUUGUAGCACAUUGUUUUCUUCAUUUGGUCCGUGUUCUUCCACUUGACCUUAGCCUUGCUGAUCAGCAUUCAGUGAAGGUGGGUCAGUUGUAUUAUGCACAAUGGGGGGGUUGAACUUCAAUGCAAAGUUCCAAUGAAGCAAAAUUAAUGAGCAUGAGUACGCUCAGAUCAAACUGUGCAAAGUUUUGCAGAGUGCCAAGAAAAGGCUGUUGUACGUUAAGGAGCUCAAUUAUGAUGCUAAUCAUAAUUGGAAGGAGCUCAAUUAUGCUAAUGUAUUUACACACCACUAUUUCCAUCCAAUAUGCCACUGUGUAUUAGGCAGGCAUGGUAGUGUACCAGCGUAACGCUAUUACAGCGCCAGCGACCCAGGUUCAAUUCCAGCCACUGUCUGUAAGGAGUUUGUACGUUCUCCCUGUGACUGCGUGGGUUUCCUCUGGGUGCUCCGGUUUCCUCCCACAUUCCAAAGACGUAUGGGUUAGGAAGCUGUGGGCAUGCUAUGUUGGUGCCAGAAGCGUGGUGACACUUGUGGGCUGCCUCCAGAAUACUCUACGCAAAAGAUGCAUUUCACUCUGUGUUUCGAUGUACAUGUGAUCAAUAAAGAUAUAUU